CUUUUUUCUUCUCAAAGGUCCCCAAAAAAUACAGCAAGGAAAAAAAAUGCUUCUUUCCACCGUCUCACAAUUGGUGCUAAGUAUAAUUCUUGAUAACAAUUGAACCGAAUCCAAUCUUAUCAAAGACUGCUCCCCACCUUUUUCUAGGGCUUCCUGGGUUCAAGAUCAUUGUUGGGGUUGUUUUCUUUUUGUUCCUAGAUCCAAAUUGUUGAAAAUUCUCUUCUGGGUCGGUUCUUGAUUCUGAAAAAAUGGCUAUGUUUUGGCGUAUGGCUGGCCUCUCCACUGCUUCUCCAGUGGAGACAAUUUUGGAUAAGGAAAAUUUUGCACUGGAUGAGCUCUUGGACGAGGAUGAAAUAAUUCAAGAAUGUAAAGCUCUUAAUGGACGCCUUAUUAACUUUCUGCGAGAAAGAGCUCAAGUUGAACAACUUGUCAGGUACAUAGUGGAAGAGGCUCCAGAAGAUGCAGAGAAGAAACGAACUUUUAAGUUUCCUUUUAUUGCUUGUGAAAUCUUUACAUGCGAGGUGGACAUAAUUCUUAAAGCAUUGGUUGAGAAUGAGGAGCUAAUGAACCUGCUAUUCUCAUUUUUGGAACCUGAGCACACACAUAGUACUCUGUUGGCCGGUUACUUCAGCAAGGUUGUCAUAUGCUUGUUGCUGCGGAAAACAUCAGCUUUUAUGAACUACGUACAAGCUCAUCAAGAUAUUAUCAAGAAGUUGGUUGAUCUCAUUGGAAUUACAUCCAUCAUGGAGGUGUUAAUCCGCCUAAUUGGCACCGAUGAACAUUUGUAUAGCAACUUCUCGGAGAACAUGCAGUGGUUGGAAGAUACAAAUGUGCUGGAGAUGAUCGUUGAUAAGUUUAGCUCAUCAUACUGCAUUCCUGCUUUAUGCUGCCAUUCUGAAAAAAGGAAUUACUGCAUGCCUGAUGAUAGCUUUCUAGGCGACCAAGGUGCUGGGGCUGAUGAGAAGGAUUGCCCUGAAGUGCAUGCUAAUGCAGCAGAAACUUUGUGUGCCAUUACUCGAUAUGCUCCUCCUGGGAUUGCUGCCAAAAUCUCUAGCCCUAGUUUCAUUGAGAGGUUAUUUCGCCAUGCUCUGGAGGAGUCACGACCUAAAUCUGUGUUGGUUAACUCGUUAUCUGUGUGCAUAUCGUUAUUAGACCCUAAGAGGCUAGCUUCAGGAACAUAUUACAUGUACGGUCGCCAGUCAAUGCAGUGCUCUGGAGCAAGUGCAAAUCCUGAGACUGUGGAAGGGAUGUUGGGAAGCUUAGGUAAUUUACUGAAGCUUCUGGAUAUCUCAUCAGAGGAUAAUGUCUUGCCAACAACAUAUGGGAGCUUACAUCCACCUCUUGGGAAGCAUCGUCUGAAGAUUAUAGAGUUUGUUUCAGUCUUGGUGAGUGUUAGCAGUGAAGCUGCUGAAAAGGAGUUGAUUCGGCUUGGUGCUGUUAAACGCAUCUUAGAAUUGUUUUUUGAGUAUCCAUACAACAACUUUUUGCAUCAUCAUGUUGAGACUAUAAUAAUUUCGUGCCUGGAGAGUAAGAAUAUUCAAUUUGUUGACCAUCUUCUUAGUGACUGUAAUCUUCUCUUGAAAAUUCUCGAGGCAGAGAAAAACUCAACGCUUGCUGCUGAUCAAUCCAAGCCAACGGCCUCUGUUGAGGGAAGAACCCCACCCAGGAUUGGAAACAUUGGGCAUGUGACGCGAAUAGCUAACAAACUUGUUCAACUAGGGAACAAUAAUAAUGGCAUACAGUCGCGUCUGCAGGAGAAUAGUGAAUGGAUUGAUUGGCAGACAAAUAUUCUUCAAAAACGGAAUGCUGUGGAAAAUGUUUUCCAGUGGGCUUGUGGGAGACCCACAUCACUGCAUGACCGAAUGAGGGACAGUGAUGAUGAUGAUUAUCAAGAUAGAGACUAUGAUGUUGCAGCUCUGGCAAAUAACUUAAGCCAGGCCUUCCGCUAUGGAAUCUAUAACAACGAUGAACUUGAUGAGGCUCGUGGUUCACUUGAGCGGGAUGAUGAGGAUGUCUAUUUUGAUGAUGAGUCUGCUGAAGUUGUGAUAUCUUCACUACGUCUGGGGGACGAUCAGGAAAGUGGAUCACUUUUUACAAAUUCCAACUGGUUUGCUUUUGAGGAUGACAAAGAGAUUCGUGAACAGUACACUGCUUUGGUUGCUUCUCCUUCACCUGACACAGAAGAAACUAAUAUUAUUAGGCCCAGCACAAAUGAUGAUGCAGCUGCUGAUGAAGAUGAUGAUUUGGCAGACACUGCCUCAUCUGAUCAACCUGAGCCAAAACAAAGUUCUGAUCAUCCUGCACCCUCUAGUUUGUCUGAGGACUUGCAUCGUGCUACAAGUAAUGAAACCAUUAAGCCUCCUGAAUGGGUUGAAUGGCGAGAAAACUCUAAUACAAUUGCAACAUCCAAUCAAACCUCGGAUUCAGCUGGUGUUGCUGAUGUGGUCGGGCCUCCUUUACCUAAUGGCGACGUCAAAAAGGAAUCAGAAGCUCCAAAGGAUACUACUCGGUCAAAAGAAGAAAAUGCUCAUAUUCCACCCACUAAUGUGUGCACCAGUAAUGUGAAAGAAGGAUCAUCAGGUGAUACCUCACAGCCUCCAGAAUCAGGUGGCAGCCAAAGCGCUAGCAAUGCUAGUUCAAGUAGUGUGGAGAAGCCCCCUGCUGGAACGGUGGGAUCAUCUAGUGGAGAAACCAAAAAGUGAAGUGUGGAACCACUGUGAAUUCUCGAGGUGCAGUUGCGGGAGAAAAAACCUGGCACUUUUGCUAUUGGUCUGGUGCACUGAUGAGAGUCUCAGCGCUUGCUAUCGGCUGGGACUAAUAUGUGGUUUUGGAGCCUGAUGUAUAUUACUGGGCUUAAAAGUCGAUUUAGCCACAGAUGAUUCUUUCCUCAACUCAUAGGUAAAGAAUGCUCUCUCUUUCCUCUCACUUAUUAAAGGCCUUUAGUGCAGGUGAUUCAGUAGAUCAUACUUUUAUUACUAACACACAACUGCCUCUAGAUGUGUCCAAACUGCCAAAGGGAGUUGUGUUGCUGUACACAUUGAAAGGAUCUUCGUUUUAUAUCAUCUCAUAUUUUGUCAUUUUUCUACGUCUUGAUCCACUCUCAUCGCCAAAUUUACUGGACCAUGUUUGGUGAAGUAUAGACCUAAUCGUCAACCAGGUUAUGUUCGACACUUGCACACAGCAUUACGGUGCAGGUUCCCAGUUAAUAAGAUGUUGAGAUCGAUUCAGUAGUUCCCACCGUACUUUUCCCAUAAAAAAAUUUGAUGUCAAUAUAAUUUAAAGCCUUUUUUGGCUUCUCUUCA